AUCUAUAUAUGAUACUGCAGAAAAAAGUUACUAAUCAGUUCAGUUGAUAGGUAAUUGUUCCAUUAUUUCAGAAGUAGAGGAAAGAGGCAGAGAAAUCUCCAAUCAGAGAUGGGUAUUCAUUUUCCUUCCAGGAGAAUUAUUCUUUCUGCUCUACUUCUUUUACUGUUUGCUAAAAGUAGCAGCAGUUCCAGGAUGAUAAGAGACUCAGAAGUGAAAGAGGCAGCUGCUGAUGAUAGCCAACCACUCAUCAAGAUUGAUCAUCAAAUGCAUCACAUGGACCCUUCAGUCCAUGUGUUCUUCACUUUAGAUGAUCUAAAAGCUGGAAAGAAAAUUCCAGUCUACUUCCCAAACAAAGACCCUUCUGCUUCUCCCCAUUUGCUAUCUAGAGAAGAAACCAAUUCCAUUCCUUUCUCUUUAUCACAACUCCCUUACCUUCUUGAACUUUUCUCUCUUUCCAAACACUCCCCUCAAGCCAAAGCCAUGGAAUAUACUCUAAGGCUAUGUGAUGUUAAACCCACAGAAGGAGAGACCAAGAUAUGUGCUACAUCCUUAGAAUCCAUGCUUGAUUUUGUACGUGCCACCUUUGUGUUGGAUACCCAGUUCAAAGUUUUAACUACUAAUUAUCUCACAAACCCAGUUAAACAAUUACAAAAUUACACUGUUUUAGAAGAACCAAGAGAGAUUCUGGCAGAAAAAAUUGUGGGAUGUCAUGUAAUGCCUUAUCCUUAUGUUGUGUAUUAUUGCCAUAGAGCAGAAAGUGGAGACAAGCUGUUUGAGAUGUUAUUGGGUGGUGAGAAUGGGGAAAGAGUUCAAGCUCCAGGGAUUUGCCAUAGGGACACCUCUAAAUGGGACAGGGACCAUGUGUCGUUUCGUCUGCUGAAAAUGAAGCCUGGAACUUCACCAGUUUGCCAUUUCUUUCCAGCAAACAACAUAGUUUGGGUGCCUUUGUCUGCUUAACUAAAAUCUAGGAUGUAAUUGUACAUUUUUUAAAACAUGGUGUUGUAGUCCUUAUCUUCUGAUGAACUUGGCUGGAGAGUCUAUGUAUUCUAGAUAAUUUUGUAUGAAUCUGUAAUUUGUCAUGGUGGAUCUGUAAUUAUAAAUAAACAGAAUUAUUAAAAAUUAUA